GUGUCCUGUUCUAGUGCAAACAUCUGCAAAUAUCUACAAAAAUGGCCUUUAAGAUCGCUGUUCUGUUUGCCUGCCUGGCCUACGCCAGCGCUGGAUAUCUGGAACCAGCCACUACUUACCAAGCUGCACCACUGGCCUAUAGCUCGCUUCAAUCGUCGGCUCUGUCCUACGGAUACAGUUCUCCUAUUGCCCAACAUACCUACGCUGCUCCAAUCGCUCAUCAGACUUAUGCUGCCCCAAUUGCUCAUCAAACAUACGCCGCACCAAUUGCCCGUACCUAUGCUGCUCCAGCUUUGUCCUACGCUCAAAGCUAUGCUCCAGCUCUAUCCUACUCAGCAGCCCCAGCUCUGUCCUACUCGGCCGCUCCAGCUGUAUCCUAUGCUCGUAGCUACGCUCCAGCUCUGUCUUACUCAGCUCCACUGACAACCACCAAGACCCUCGCCAUCGCCCAGCCAGCCAUCGCUCAUUCUGCUCCUGCAGCUCUGACCUACUCUGCUGCUCCAGCCUUGUCCUACGCUCGCAGCUACGCUCCAGCUCUGUCCUACUCCGCCCCAUUGGCCGCCAAGACCGUUGCUAUUGCUCAGCCAGCUGCCAUUGCUCAUGCUGCCCCUGCAGCUUUGACCUACGCACCAGCCCAUGCCACCAGCUACACCAGCUCCUUCAUGAAGUACAACAGCCCAUUGAUCGCUUAUGCUUAUUAGGAGCCAUACAAUUAUCCCAUCAAUGUUCCUGUUCCUGUUUGUCGACGAUCAAAUGGUUUUCACCAGUCUGCACCAUAGUUUAAGGAUAUAUUGUUGAUUAAAACUAUCUGCAAUGCAGAAACCAA